AGUUUCAUUUCAAUGUUACAUUUGAUUCGAACCUGCAUCCUUGGUAUUAAUCCGCUGUGUCACUACAGUAGGUAAGGGGUUGUUAAUCAGGUCAUUGCUAUGGCAAAAUUGUUACCAUGACAACAAAUAUUGUUUACUAAAUCAAUACUGUUCACUUCAAGUUUUAUUUCAUAACUUACAACUAAUUAAAUUAAGCGUGGUUUCAAUUGAACCAUAGUCAAAAAUCAAAUUAGAAAUUAAAGAAUACCUUUAGUUUUAGUAUAAAGAACACAAAUCGCUUCAUUUAAGGAUAUUCAUUUUCAAAUACUUGUUCCGAGAGAGCCAGAAGAAACCGCUUAUUGAAACCUCUUUCGAACAACACAAAGGUACAAAGAAGCAACCAAGAAACUGAAAAAAAAUGACAUCAGCAGAAAAAGGCGACCUCCUAUCAUUCGGAGAAAAAGGAAACACACUAUCAACAAUAAAAGUAUGGCACGAACACAACCAGCGCAUACUAAAAGGGGACAUAAUUGGAACUACAGAUCACAACACAGCCAUAACCAAGAACAGCAUCAUAAAAGUUAACGAAACAUCAUGCGAGGAUUACAGCGAUAGCACUGACCAACUGAAACACAGGGCGAGGCAUAUUAACUACUGGAAAGCAGAACUAGAAAGGGCUAUACGAGACAUGGACGCUGAAAUCAACAUUCUAGAAGCACAAAGACAACAAUUGAAGAACGCUAUGGAUACACUUAAGAUACCGGAAUAUAUAACUGACGAGUGCUUAGAUUUGAGGAGGAAUAGAAUGCAGUCAGACUUGAUAUACGAUGAUCCACAAGAGGACUUGUUUACUGAGUCAGCGUUGAUCGAGAAUGUUAAGAAGUUGCAUAGAGAGAUGUUAAGGGAUGUUGAGUAUCAGUUGGACAUGAAUGUGGCAGCUAAGACGUGGUUGGAAAGGGACUGGAGUGAUAAGUUCUUGGCUUUUAAGUACGAGAGUGAGAAUGCUUAUUUGGAAACAAAGGCGGUUAAUGUUAAGGAUUCCGCGGGGGCUACUAGGCUUUCAGAAGGUCAAUCCAACGUGCCAUCAUGGGAACAGUUCACAAUUACAGCACUAAACGAAUUCAAAAUAUCGAUAGACAAAUCAAAAGCUUUACGAGCUAAAGUCGACGCAAUAUUAAUAAACACAGCGCGUGAUCUGAGGUCUCAAGAUAUAAAAGUCAACAAAUCGCUUAGCGAAAGGAUCGCUAGAACAGAGCAAGUGAAAACUGAAUUGGAAAACCAGUUAAGAUUGACCUUACAGAAGAUUGUUGAAACUGAGAAUAUUCUGGAAACUUUGCAUGAGGAAAUGUUGAAAGUUUCCCAAAGAAUACAAGUUGCUCAAACGCGAUUGAAUACAAAGAACUGUAGACCGAAUGUAGAGAAUUGUAGAGAAGGGUCUCUUGUUGCCUUGAUAGAAGAAGUACGAGAUCUGAAUGACAGUAUGAGUUUGUUGCAGAAGAGAUCGUUGGAGACGGAGAAGUUGAGAGCAGAGUUGAUCCAUGAGAGGUCUUUGUUGGAGAAUGAGAUUAUUGUGAAGAAGAAGACUUUGUUUUUGGAUAAUGAAAGGUGUUUGUUCUUGAGAUCGCAUUACCAGUCAGCGGAGAAGAUGUGUGGUUAUUAGGA